UACAGUACAUUGCACUCUUUCUCCGAUCCCCUCUCCCUCUCUAUACAAAGCAUAGCCGACUAGCCGUGGUGACGGUGCACGCGUCGACGCAACAAUAGCUGCUACGUACGUCGGUGGCAGAAAGUAUAUACGCCGCGCGCAGCUACGGUGGGCACCGCGAUGCCGGCGACGACGGGGAGCGCCAGGCGGGUGGCCGUGCUCCGCUGCAUCGUGGCCGCGCUGGUCGUCACCGUGCUCCUCGCCGGCCUCGGCGUCCUCGUCUUCUGGCUCGUCGUCCGCCCCAAGCCCAUCGAGUACAGCGUCGCGCGUGCCGCCGUGCGGCACUUCAACGUCACGUCGCCGCCCGGCGGCGGCGGCGGCGCCACGCUCAACGCCUCCUUCUACCUCACCCUCGCGGCCGACAACCCGAACCGGCGCGUGUCCAUGCGCUACAGGUCGGUCGCCGUCUACGUGCACUACGGCGCGGGCGAGGUGGCGCCUCAGCUGGCGGUCGCCGACGUGCCGGACUUCCACCAGCCCAGCAGGAACGAGACGCGGCUCGAGGUGCGCGCCGUGGCGCGGUCGGCGCCGGUGCCCGACUGGACCGCGCGGGAGCUCGAGCACGACCGCUCCGACGGCGAGGUGGGCGUGGAGGUGCGCGUCACCGCGAUCGUCCAUUUCCUGGUUGGCGGCGUCAAGUCCAGGCACUACAACAUGCGGGCGGUCUGCUCCCCGGUGGUCAUCGGCUUGUCGCCGUCGUCGGCAAAAUCCUUCCGGGGCGUGCCGUGCGACGUUGCAAUUUCGUGAGACAGACGUGUACAUGCAUGGCGUGCGUGUAAUUAACUACAGUAGUAGCUACUGUGGUGUACUGCAGGGUGUUGGUUCAUACUGUGUGAUGCUCUUAAUUCUUUGUUUUUGAGAUGGCUCAUCAUUCAUGCUGAAUGGUGUGAUGCUCUUAAUUCUGGUUUGUCAUGUUUGUAAUAUACUAUCCCAUCCUUGGAUUGCUUUGAUACAA